UUGGCUGCGCUCUGGGCCAGGGAGGCCUGGGAAGGGGAGAAGAAGGAACCUGAGCAGGAAGAGCGGCUGCGAGGCGGCGGCGAGGCAGCAGCGGCUGAGUUGGUCGCGGCGACGGCGACGGCUCUCGACCUUCGAGAGCAGGAUGCGGGUCCGCUUCGGGCUGACGUUGCUGCUCUGCGCCGUGCUCCUGGGCUCGGCGGCCGCGUCCUCGGAUGAUGAAACUAAUCAGGAUGAAUCCUUAGAUUCCAAGAGUUCUUUGCCAGCAGAUGAGCCGGUGAAGGACCACGCUACCACAGGCAAAGUGGUUGCUGGCCAGAUAUUUGUUGAUUCUGAGGAAUCCGAUGUGGAAUCCCCUCUCCAGGAUGAGGAAGACAGCUCCAAGACCCAGGAGGAAGUCAGUGUCACCGAAGAGAUCAGCUUGUUAGGAUCUCCGAAUCCAAGCAGCAAGAGCUAUGAAGAACCAAAGAAAGUGCGGAAGCCAGUCUUGACUGCCAUUGAAGGUACAGCACACGGGGAGCCCUGCCACUUCCCUUUCCUUUUUCUGGAUAAGGAGUAUGAUGAGUGCACCUCAGACGGGAGGGAAGAUGGCAGACGGUGGUGUGCCACAACCUAUGACUACAAGACAGAUGAGAAGUGGGGCUUCUGCGAAACUGAAGAAGAUGCUGCUAAAAGACGACAGAUGCAGGAAGCAGAAAUGAUUUAUCAGACUGGAAUGAAGAUACUAAAUGGAAGCAAUAGGAAGAGCCAAAGGAGAGAAGCAUAUCGGUAUCUUCAAAAGGCAGCAGGCAUGAAUCACACCAAAGCCCUGGAGAGAGUGUCCUAUGCUCUUUUGUUUGGUGAUUACCUCACACAGAAUAUCCAGGCAGCUAAAGAGAUGUUUGAGAAACUGACUGAGGAAGGGUCUCCCAAAGGACAGACUGCUCUUGGCUUUCUCUACGCCUCUGGACUUGGUGUUAAUUCAAGUCAGGCAAAGGCUCUUGUUUAUUAUACUUUUGGAGCUCUUGGAGGUAAUCUGAUAGCCCAUAUGGUUUUGGGCUACCGCUACUGGGCUGGCAUAGGAGUUCUCCAGAGCUGUGAGUCGGCACUGACGCAUUAUCGUCUUGUUGCUAAUCAUGUCGCUAGUGAUAUCUCCCUAACUGGAGGCUCUGUAGUCCAGAGAAUACGGCUGCCCGAUGAAGUGGAAAACCCAGGGAUGAACAGUGGGAUGCUGGAAGAAGAUUUGAUUCAGUAUUACCAGUUCCUAGCUGAGAAGGGUGAUGUUCAAGCACAGGUUGGUCUAGGACAGCUGCACCUACAUGGAGGGCGUGGAGUAGAGCAGAAUCACCAGAGAGCGUUUGACUACUUCAACUUAGCAGCAAAUGCUGGCAAUUCGCAUGCCAUGGCCUUCCUGGGAAAGAUGUAUUCUGAAGGAAGUGAUAUUGUACCUCAGAGUAACGAGACAGCACUUCACUACUUUAAGAAAGCCGCUGACAUGGGCAACCCAGUGGGACAGAGUGGACUUGGAAUGGCCUACCUCUAUGGAAGAGGAGUUCAAGUUAAUUAUGACCUGGCACUCAAGUACUUCCAGAAAGCUGCUGAACAAGGCUGGGUGGAUGGGCAGCUGCAGCUUGGCUCUAUGUACUAUAAUGGUAUUGGAGUCAAGAGAGACUAUAAACAGGCCUUGAAAUAUUUUAAUUUAGCUUCUCAAGGAGGCCAUAUUUUGGCUUUCUAUAACCUAGCACAGAUGCAUGCCAGCGGCACAGGUGUGAUGCGUUCCUGUCACACUGCAGUAGAGUUGUUUAAGAACGUGUGUGAGCGAGGCCGCUGGUCAGAGAGGCUUAUGACUGCCUACAAUAGCUAUAAAGACGGAGACUACAAUGCUGCCGUGAUCCAGUACCUUCUGCUGGCUGAACAGGGUUAUGAAGUGGCACAGAGCAAUGCAGCCUUCAUCCUCGACCAGAGGGAAGCCACCAUUGUAGGUGAGAAUGAAACUUACCCCAGAGCUUUGCUGCACUGGAAUAGGGCCGCCUCUCAAGGUUAUACUGUGGCUAGAAUUAAACUUGGAGACUACCAUUUCUAUGGAUUUGGCACUGAUGUGGAUUACGAGACUGCAUUUAUUCAUUACCGCCUGGCUUCUGAGCAACAACACAGCGCCCAAGCCAUGUUUAACCUGGGGUACAUGCAUGAGAAGGGCCUUGGCAUUAAACAGGAUAUUCACCUUGCCAAGCGCUUUUAUGACAUGGCAGCCGAAGCUAGCCCAGAUGCACAAGUACCUGUGUUCCUUGCACUCUGCAAAUUAGGUGUCGUCUAUUUCUUACAGUACAUACGGGAAGCAAAUAUUCGAGAUCUCUUCGCGCAACUGGAUAUGGACCAGCUUUUGGGACCUGAGUGGGACCUUUACCUCAUGACCAUCAUUGCACUGCUUUUGGGUACAGUCAUAGCUUACAGGCAGAGACAGCACCAGGACAUGCCAGUACCCAGGCCCCCAGGGCCACGGCCAGCCCCUCCCCAGCAGGAAGGACCACCAGAGCAGCAGCCACCGCAGUAGCAGCCACACACCCACUGGGUCCCUGACCACUAGGGAGCUGCUUGCUGAACACUUGCAUUUGAUGUAGGGCUCUAGACGGUGGCCGCCGUCUGGAAGAGGCAUGAGGAAGUGUUGAAUCCCAGAAGCUGCUUAGAACCUGCUGCCUUCCUUUUCAGGGACGAGUAGCUCUCACCGGAGCUACGGUGAAUGUUUGUUUCAGUGCCAUAAGGAAUGACAACUCUCAGUGGCUUUCCUCUUUUUCCUCUUUUUCUCUUUCUUCUGGAAACAUACACAAGAUACUCAAGUCAUGUCUACUGUAGCCAUCUGUUUUCCUGAGAGAGUCCUUUUGUCAUCCUGUCAAUGUGCGUGAGUUCUUGCAUCAAUAUCUUAAGGUCCUAAGCAUUGACAACCUGGGAAAACCCAGUUAGUUGCAAGUUUAACCGCAAAAACAUGCUUACGUCUGAGACUAGAACUUGCCUUGGCCUUGAAGUCAGAAACAAAACAAGCCAAGCAGGACGUCUUCAGGGUGUUUGGGAAGUGCAGUGACUGGUAAAGUUUGCCAGUCUACAUACGAGUACAUAUAUUUGGCACUUUGUAUUUUGAAAGGGAUUAUUGAGAGGUUUCCUGUACUGGUGACUGUGACACUUCAUAGCAAACUUCUCUUCCUCAAAGACUGAAAGGCUUUACUAAAGAAUUUUUUGUGCACUUCAUUUCCUUGGAAUAGAAGUAAAACUCAGUGAACUGACUCCUUGCACUCACAUAUGAAUUUGCCCGAACUACUCAGUAUGAUUUGCUUGUUUGUUUGAGUAUACAGAGUAGUCCAGAAGCCAGAGGAUGGACUAAGUGGCGAAAUCAGAAAACAGUCUUACCCAACUUGAGGUGAGAUCUGAGAUGCACCUACAGGUUGAUGCAUUGGUUCCCAGGAUUCGUUUUACUUUGCAUUUCUUACUGCACAGAGAACAGAUAACCCCCCAAAGUCUUCAACUAUAAAAUUCUGUUGCCAAGAUAUGGCAGGCAGAAAUACUAACACUCAAAUAAUUGAGGAUGGGUUAGACCCAGUGCAUGGCAGAAACCAAGGCCUGGGUGUACUGUUUUGUGGUAGCCUUCUAUUACAACAGUUUUUUGUGCCUGAAGAAAGUCAGACACUUACUUAGCUGUCAGACAUCACCCUUCUGCUGUAAGCUUUAGGAAAUUACAGCUGUUACACUUCAGCAUCACUUGCUUAAAUAAGAUAACAAAAAACAACAGAAAUUUAGAGCUUCACGUAAGGAGCCAUAUGAAAGAAUAAAGGCCGGAACUGAAUGUGUAGUUUCUGUAGUCCUCAGAUGGUAGUAUUCAGCAGCCAGCACCCAAUAGCUAGCUCACACCAGCCUGUGCAUAGUCACCUUUACACUGUGUUCCAUCAUCCCUGUCUGCAAUGAAACUUGAGUUUUCAUCCCUUGUGGAGUUUGUAAAGCCUUGGGUUUGAAUGUUGGGAUUGUAAUCAGAACUCAAUUUUGUUCAUCUGUAAUGAACAUGAAGACUUUAAAUGUGAAGUGGUGUACCUUUGUGUGUGCUUACAGUAUUAUGGAAAACCUGGUAAGCAAACUUUUCUCCCAGAUAUUUGCUUCCAAAUUUGAAGAGGUGGCCACAUAAAAAGCUGAUCUUUGAGAGGCAGCAAGUGUUCCUCUCAAAAAUGUAAUGUUGCUUUGGGCAGCACCUGUAAAUAGUAAGGCUUAUUCUGUGUUCUUGCUUGAAGAUUAGAUUGUGAGUGGUACAGUAAAUAGGGGCCUUCAUUGCUGCCUCUUCUCCCAGCCCAGUAAGUAUCAUCCACGGCAGCCAAGCUCUUCAUGUAGAAGGCACUGUUUUAAAUUAUUUAGAGGAAAUGCAUACGAUGGUAUAUACCUUAGCCCCAAACCAUUGGGGGACAGAGGGAGGAGGAUCACUGUAGACCAGGACUUUAAGACCAGCUUACACAGCAAAACAAGACCUAGUCUAAAAAUCAAUGAAAAUUUGGGCAACUCUAAGAUGCCUACGGCUUCUAUGGUUUUCCUGUACCAUCCACCUAACGGCUCCCUGGACAGCAGCAUUUUUGUGUCCAUCUUUCCUUCCCACAGAGAGUACUCGGAGAAAGUAUUUCUUAAAUUAGCAUACACUACCUACAGCUGGAUGGGACAAUAUGUUCUCUAUGUAGCAGACUCAACCCUUGCAGUCUUUUUUACUGCCACUACUGUAGAUGCCCUUCCCUCGGCUUGUUAGCAUCUGCUCUUUCCAGCCUAGGUUGUUGGCUCCCAGGAAUCUGGAUAGCAUGUUUAAAAUAAUUCAGUUCUUACGGCUUCUUUCAAAGGUGGUGUCAAAAUGCUUUGCUCCUGUUCUCUACUGUUCAUGGGACAUGGUACCAAAGCAAAUAGGAAUUGGGUUUGGUGUUUCUCUUAAAAAUAAUGCACAUACUUACUAAUGGCAUCCAUUUGAAUAAAGUGGCAAUAAAGCUAGUUAAUGUCAAUGACAUUAAGCCAACUCCGGGAUUCAGGAGUUUUAGCAUUAGGAUUUAGAUUUACCAGAUAGAGUGUGGCUUCCUUGCUCCCUGUAGGCCAUCCCUACUGCUGCCUUUGGUGGUCUGUCUUGCAGCCUACAAAGGCUCUCUGUUCGCCUCUGUCCUCCUGUGCUUCUACCCCUUUGGGUAGCCAACUAUUUCAGAGUCUCAAGACCACGAGUUUUUCUUCUGUGGUGUUUUACAAGGGUGGAGUUUUUGUUUUUGAAGUUUUUGUUUCUGAUUUGUGGGUUUUCUUGGUUACAAGCUAAUAGCAUAGAAAAAUAAAAAGUCAAUCAAAGGCUUUUUUUUUUUUUUUUUUUCAAAAUUCAUUAACACCUAAACCAGGUUAAUGUAAAAGUGUAAGUCCUAAAUCUUGAUAUUCCUGAAGGUUUGUUAUUCUUCUGAAGGUAAGUUCUGAACAUUUUACUACUUGCCUGUCAUGUCUCUACAUGGAGAAGCACUAGAGGCCUCCAGAGAUCUGGUGACAAGCCCAUGGCAGUGUGUCCUAUUUUGCUUUUGUUUGACUGGUUGCUUGGGUUUUCUCUCCCUUGUCUGCUACUCAUGUUUGCUCUGUAGUGCUUAGGAACAUGAGGGCUCCAAAUGCAGACCUCAACUCCUCGUGUGUGACAUUUGCACCAGUGUCUAAUUACAUUUGAGAAAGUUUCCUUUCCAGGGGUUUGGAAUAACACCUCACAUGUGCAUUUCAAAACAAGAUGCUUCCUGUGACCCGCCUUCCCUGCCAGGAAAAGCAGGCUAGUAGUUACUUUAGCAACUGGUAUUUGAAAGUGAUUCUAAAGUGUAUUAUGCAAUAUUAUGACCUAGAGAUAUGCAAGAAAUAACCAGAGCAAAAGAAAACUGUUUUGUGCAAGAGAAAUAUUUUCAUCAGUUAUUGCUCAGAUAGGAGAGAAAAUAUUCCGGGGUGCUGUAAUUUCUGGUUUUUAAAUGGGUAAUGUUGUUUGAAAAGAAGCUAAGUAAGUGUCUCCACCCACUAGGGAUUUCAAGAAAAUUUGAAAUAACCCCUUAUACCAAUGAUUUGUAUCUUAAAGAGACUGUUUACACAUUUAAAAAAAAAAACAAUAUUGUGUGCAUAAGAAGGGUCGUUUGGUUAUGUGCAGGGAGCCAUUCAGAUGCUCUGUCUUUACUAUUUAUUGACGAACAAUCUGACACUAUUCCUCUUUAUUUAAAUAACAAUGUUGAUAUGAUCAAAGUAUGACCACUAUAAAUAUUGAGGGAAGUUUUUAGAGCAUAAGCUGGCAUUGUAGAGGAACACCAUACUAGACGUUUUGUAAAUUUAUUUUGUAUUUAAUGGAAUGCAGUAUAAAGGCUGGUGAAGUGUAUUAUAAUUGUGUAAACAAAUCCUGUUAAUAGAGAGAUGUACAGAUUCGUUUUGUACUGUAUCUUGAAACUUGUGAAAUAAAGAUCCCACCUCUGGUUA